AUGGAAAUAGUGGGGUGCAGAGCAGAAGAAAAUACUUGUCCUUUCCGUCCCCCAGCCAUGCUUUUCCACGGGAUCUCCGGAGGCCAUAUCCAAGGAAUCAUGGAGGAGAUGGAGAGGCGAUCCAAGACCGAGUCCCGCCUGGCCAAAGGGGGACAGAUGAACGGCCGAGAAACGAACAUGCCCCCCCUGAGCCCCGAGAAGCCCGCUCUGUGCGCUGGCUGCGGAGGGAAGAUCUCCGACAGAUAUUACCUGCUGGCUGUGGACAAACAGUGGCACCUCAGGUGUCUUAAGUGCUGUGAAUGUAAACUGGCUUUGGAGUCAGAGCUCACCUGCUUUGCCAAGGACGGCAGUAUUUACUGCAAGGAGGAUUACUACAGAAGGUUCUCCGUGCAGAGAUGUGCCCGCUGCCACCUUGGGAUCUCGGCCUCUGAAAUGGUCAUGAGAGCCAGGGAGUCGGUGUAUCACCUGAGCUGCUUCACCUGCACCACCUGCAACAAGACUCUGACCACGGGCGAUCACUUUGGCAUGAAGGACAACCUGGUUUACUGCAGGGCCCACUUCGAGUCCCUUUUGCAAGGAGAAUACCCCCCUCAGCUGAGCUACACCGAGCUGGCAGCCAAGAGCGGAGGGCUGGCGCUGCCUUACUUCAACGGCACCGGCACGGUCCAGAAGGGGAGGCCCAGGAAAAGAAAGAGCCCUGCCCUAGGAGUGGACAUCGUCAACUACAACUCAGGUUGUAACGAGAAUGAGGCAGAUCACCUGGACAGAGACCAGCAGCCUUAUCCCCCAUCCCAGAAGACAAAGCGCAUGCGCACCUCCUUCAAACACCACCAGCUUCGUACCAUGAAGUCCUACUUUGCUAUCAACCACAACCCAGAUGCCAAGGACCUCAAGCAGCUUGCCCAGAAAACAGGCCUGACCAAGAGAGUUCUGCAGGUUUGGUUUCAAAACGCGAGAGCCAAAUUCAGAAGGAACCUUUUGCGGCAGGAGAAUGGGGGUGUCGAUAAAGCUGAUGGCACCUCGCUUCCGGCACCGCCCUCAGCAGACAGCGGCGCACUCACUCCACCCGGCACUGCGACCACUUUAACAGACCUGACCAAUCCCACUAUCACUGUAGUGACAUCAGUGACCUCUAACUUGGACAGCCACGAAUCCGGGAGCCCCUCACAAACUACCUUAACGAACCUUUUCUAA